GCACGUUCUCUCCAUCGGGUAACACGAUUUGACUGUGAACAUAGCAGGAAGGGGGAGGGGGUUAUAUCGUCCCACUCGCGAUCGCACGCUUCAUAAAUUGACUAAUGUCUCAACAUACAAUAGCUUCUGGAAACAGAAGAUGACUGUAACAAAGAUGAUUAAAAAUCAGUGAAGUAAAACUGCCAGAAUUGUGAAAUAUGGAAAAUAUUGGAGAUAUUUCAACUAUUCCCAUAAUGGAGAAACAACCAGUUAUAUUAGGAAAUCAGAAUAGUGGAACAAUGUCAGGCACAGCACCUGCUCUUUAUGUUCUUGUGAAGCAGAGCACUGGAAAACCUGACCCAGGAACCUUGAUUUCAAAUCAAGAUAAUGGCAGUCUUCUCAGCAGUGCAGCAAUGCCAAUGAAAUCUAAGACAAAGACGUACCUUCCAGCUGAUUGCACUUCAGGAAACAUCACUGUUAUUCUGGACAACAAUAAUAUGUGGAAUGAAUUUUAUCAUCGCAGCACAGAAAUGAUUUUGACCAAACAAGGGAGACGAAUGUUUCCAUAUUGUCGAUACUGGAUAACAGGCCUAGAAUCAAACCUCAAGUAUAUCCUAGUCAUGGAUAUUUCUCCUGUUGACAACUUCCGCUAUAAAUGGAAUGGCCAUAGUUGGGAGCCCAGUGGAAAGGCAGAACCCCAUGUGCUGGGAAGAGUAUUUAUUCAUCCUGAGUCUCCUUCUACUGGUCAUUACUGGAUGCAUCAACCAGUAUCCUUCUAUAAAUUGAAGCUUACUAAUAACACACUGGACCAGGAAGGGCAUAUCAUUCUACAUUCCAUGCACCGCUAUUUACCCCGAUUACACCUGGUGCCUGCUGAAAAAGCUACAGAGGUUAUCCAGUUGAAUGGUCCUGAUGUCCGUACUUUCACUUUUCCACAGACGGAAUUCUUUGCUGUGACUGCCUAUCAGAACAUUCAAAUUACACAGCUAAAAAUAGACUAUAAUCCAUUUGCUAAAGGAUUCAGAGAGGAUGGCUUGAGUAGUAGACUUCAGCGUGAUGUGAAGCAAAAUGGUAGCUCAGAGCAUGAAGGCAAUAGUGUUACUAGUUCUCCUAACAAUCAUAGACAUCUCCCUGAAGGGAAUAUUUUGGAUCCAGCACAGAGAGGACUAGACCCAUCACUGAGUGGGAUAUGUGACCCAGAUCUGGAGAGAGAAUCCUUUAGUCCAUAUCAUGACUUCUUACAUUUUAUGGAGACAGAUGUGCAUACAGGUGAUGAUCGAGGAUUAAAGGAAGAAGCAUCAGAAAGUCCAAUAUCUAGCCCUUGUCAAAGAAUGUCAUAUGUGACACCCCAGCUCAAUCCAAAGGGAGGAAUAAAUGUGUCUGUUAAAGAAGAACCAUUAGAUAACUAUGAAUAUGGACCUCUUACUUGCAUGGAAGGGAUAAGUGUGAAGCAGGAAGAAACCAACAACAUUGCAGAAGAAUAUUGCAAUAGUGAUGACUCCAUAUUGGAGCAGCAGCUGGAGAAAUAUAGUGAAAUAGGCAAAAUGGAUAUUGACUCCCACAAGGAACAACAAAUAAGCCAAUUGGGUGUUGCCAGAGCAAAAAUGCUAAAAUUGGAUAGUGGGAAGAUGCCUGUGGUUUACCUAGAACCCUGUGCAAUCACCAGAAAUACAGUGAAAGUCUCUACUCUUUCACAGGCCUUACUAUCAGCUUCUAAGAAUGAAAAGUCUCCACUGAUUCAUUCAUUAGAUUCUUUCCCUGCUCAUUUUGAAAAUAAUGGUAUCUCUAGCCCUUUUGCAGCCAAGGAAACAGAGAAGAUUACAACUGAUAAAAUGGUAUCUGAAAAUACAGCACCACAAAUAUCUUCAGAAAGAGAUGUGCUAUGGAGAAAUACUGAAACAUACAGCAGUCUCACUACAACAGAGAAAGAAUCCAGUUGUAAACUCAAGGCCACUGCCACCAGCACCCCUUCUUUAGCUAAAGUUAUCUUUGAUGAGCAAAAGACAAAUGUGCUGAAGACUCAUAUUUCUGACAAGAGUAUUGUGGGCAAUCAAAAUGUUGGGGUGUCAGGCCCAAGGAAAAGAGGAAGACCACGGAAAAUAAAGUUAUCUGAAGCUGGGACACCAUCUAAAUACAUUACAAAGUCCAUCAUAACCAGUAAUGAUGCCUCUUUGGAAACUGGUACUACCCAUUUGGAUGUUAAACCUGAUCUUGAGGAUGUGGAUGGAAUGCUCUUUGUAUCAUUUGUAUCCAAGGAAGCCCUUGAUAUCCACACUGUUGAUAGAGCUGAAGAAAAAGAAUUGCAAAAUACACUGAACAAUUCACUGGUUACAUGUAAUCCAUGCACUGAUUCAGAUGGUCAAAGAAUACAACAGCUGGAAAAAGAAUUGUUAGAAGAUUUGAAGUCUUUUAAGUACAAACAAGUAAUACAUCCAAGUCUUCAAGAAGUGGGUUUAAAAUUGAAUUUUGUGGACCCAACAAUGAGCAUUGAUCUGAAGUAUUUGGGUGUGCAGUUGCCAUUAAGUUAUUCAGGUGAAUAUACUUCAUGGAAAAAUGUAGGAACUGAUUCCAGUUCUGCUGAUGCUGGACUUCACUUUAUUUCGAGGACUGGAAAGACAAAUGACAUCACAAAAAUAAAGGGUUGGCGAGGAAAAUUUCAUAAUUCUUCAAAAAAUGAAGGCAUCAUUUUAGAGGGCUUGUUGAAGAAUCGAUCUGCCUUCUGCAGUGACAAACUUGAUGAAUACUUAGAAAAUGAAGGAAAGCUGAUGGAAACAAGCAUGGGAUUUUCUCCUAGCACAUCUAGUUCUCCUGUGGUUUAUCAGCUUCCAACUAAAAGCACCAGCUAUGUACGAACAUUAGAUAGUGUUCUAAAAAAGCAAUCCACCGCUACUAAUUUGAGUUCUUAUACUUCCAAGCCUCUUGGUUUACCUUCUAUUUCUAAAAAGAAAAAAGAGAAAGUUAAGAAUAAGAAGCAAGUAGUCUCAAGAGGCAAAGAAAAAUCUCCCCACAAAGGUAUAAUAGGUUUAUCUGUUGCAAAAAAGCAGAAACGCAAAGUAGCCUCGGAAGAGAAAGCUUCUAAAUCUCAGCCAAAUGAUCAGACAGUUAAUGAGAAAGAUGCUUUAAUGGGCACAGAGGAAAAUUUGCAGAGCAAACAGAUCACUGUGCGUCAGGUGCAGCAGCAACAUAGUAAUCGCUUGCCAACUUUAUCCAAGACUCAAUUGAAACUGCUGGAUUUAGAAGAUUGUGCAUUGUGGGAUGGUAAACCACGGACAUAUAUUACUGAGGAACGAGCUGAACUAUCUUUGACAAUUUUGCUGACUGCUCAGGCUUCACUCAAAAACAAACCUAUUCACAAAAUAAUAAAAAAGAAAGCACCACCAUGCAACAAUGAUUUUUGUCGGCUUGGGUGUGUCUGUUCUAGUUUGGCUCUUGAAAAACGUCAGCCAGUGCACUGCCGCAAACCAGAUUGCAUGUUUGGAUGUACUUGCCUGAAAAGAAAAGUAGUCUUAGUUAAGCACAAAAAGAUCCAGGAAAAGCCUUUGCAUGGGAAGCAUAGAUUAUAUCAUGAAAGAAACCAGGAACAACAAACAGAUGUAACAGCAAAAGAUGAGCAAGAAAAAAUGAAACUAAAAGAUAAGAAGAGGAAAAAGAAGGUUGAAUAUACUAUUUGUGAUACAGUGCCAGAAAAACCUGUUAAGAAUUUUCCAUUGUGGGUAAAAAAAGAUGGAGAGAUGGAUCCAGAACCAAUUUACAUCCCAACACCAUCAGCUGUUGAGGCAACAAAAACUGUGAUGCCACUUAUUCCAGAGAUCUUACCAACUGAUAAUAAGCCUGCAGCAAGUGAAGUUAAUUCAAUGACCAGUGGAGUCAAGCCAGCACGAGUUUAUACCCCUAGACCCAAUCCAGUGUGCCAACUUUUGGAAUGCUGCCUCCACAUGCUACUCAAUAGUCAAAUGCUUCUCUCAGCCUGAAGAGUUGUAUGCUCCUAAUAUAGCGCAUUACAGAGCUUCAAUGUAGUACUUUAAUCAAAGUCGUUGGGAUUGAAUUUUAGGAGUAUGAUAGUAAAUUGCAUUUUUGCAGUUGGAAUUUAGGUAGGGGAAGAGAUAGCCUCAAUGGAUAUGUAAGUUGGUCAGUGUAAAAGAAAAAAGUGGCAAUUUUAAAAAUGUGGUUUAAGGAAUUGGACUCUGAGGUACCACUUACAUAAAUGGAAAUAAAUGUGAAUAAAUAGAUUCUUAGAAGCUAGCAUUGGAGAUCCACAUAAUAAAAGGGAAAUGACUUCCGCAUUGUUUAACUUGGCAACAUGGUGAACAAAAUAAAUUGUUUAUAUUUAUAACCAAUAUAAAUAUGCAUGAUCUUAACGUGCUUUUUAAAAAUAAAUGUUGUUUGGGAAAUACAAAUGUGAAAAAUACCUUUAUUUCAGAAAAUGUUAAGAUCAACAGUGAUUCAAAUGAAAUGUGAAUGUAGUAGGUAACCACCUUAAAUAUGUAAGUAUAUAAAGCUUGAGUCUCAAUUUUGAGGGCCCUGCAGGUUCACUGUAUAUUGGAGUAUAUUGUGAGUAUUUUCAUAAAAUGCUGCAGUGGAACGAGGUUUACAAAUUUUUGUUUUUGCAGAAGAGCUAGUAAGACUGAAAAUCAACAAAAAUUAUGCUUUAAAAGCUUGCGUAUCAUUUGGGAAUGGAGCCACAAAUACAAAAAUGCCCCUUUAAAUUCAUAGUUUGUAGUUUUUGUGUGCAGUCCCAGGAUAAAGAAGACACUAGGAUUAUUUUAGGAAAUCUGUAGCUUGACUAGAAAUUUGAUGGGUGUUAAUCUGCCCAUUUCUAUUCUCAAUCAUUUUGUUUUACUGUUCAUUCUGAAGUAUUCUUUGUUAUGUAGUUUGUUUUCUCUUUAGGGUUUUUUUUUUUACCCUUUACGUUAAAUAAUUAUUGCACUUCAUAAUUGCCUAUAAUCCAGAACAGUGCUUUCUUUGAUAAAUAUACUGGCAGUUUGUGUAAGUGAUUUCAGGUCUUUAUGAAGAGUUACUAAAUUUCUUAUAUCUCCAAUAAUAAUCUAUGUAGUUUUCCUUGGAGGAUUUGUGAUUAUAUAACUACUAUAUUGCUACAUAUUUUAUUUGUAGUACAAAAAAAAAAAACAGGAAAAAAAUACCUGGUUAAAUUAAAAUAAAGAACAAUUUUAACCAACAUAAACCCCACCCUGCAUUGCUGGUCAGUGUCAGUAAAUGUUAUCCUCCCCCCAUCCCAUCCCCCUGCCCCCCACAUUAUUGGUCGGUGCCAGUGGCCAUUCUCCUACUUGAGGGGCAACCACACAGC